CGGUCUCCUCUUCGAGGCCUCCACUCUUCGAUCGUUAUAAAUUUCCCUCCGAAUCCUGCUCCAUUCCGCCGUCCGCCCCCACCCACCGAUCUGUCGCUCACUCUCGUCCCCGACCCCGAAGGCGAGGGAGAAGAACGCAGCAAUGGGCUGGGGCUCAUUGCUGCUGCUGCUUGCGGCGGCGGCGGCGGUCGUGGCCGAGCCGGGGUCGAUGCUAUCCAGGCCGGCGCGGCCGGUGACGGUGCCGCUCGGGGACAGGGGCCACGCCGUGGACCUGCCGGACACGGACCCCCGGGUGCAGCGCCGCGUCACGGGCUGGGCCCCCGAGCAGAUCGCCGUCGCGCUCUCCGCCGCGCCCACCUCCGCCUGGGUCUCCUGGGUCACAGGGGAGUUCCAGAUGGGCGGCGCCGUCAAGCCACUGGACCCCAGGACGGUGCGCAGCGUCGUGCGCUACGGACUCGCCGCCGAUUCCCUAGUCCACGAGGCCGCCGGCGAGUCGCUCAUAUACAGCCAGCUUUACCCAUUCGAGGGCCUCCAGAACUACACCUCGGGCAUCAUCCACCACGUCCGCCUCCAAGGACUCCGGCCUGGGACGAAGUACUACUACCAGUGCGGCGACCCGGCCAUCCCCGACGCCAUGAGCGACGUCCACGCGUUCCGAACGAUGCCGGCCGUUGGGCCGAAGAGCUACCCGGGGAGGAUCGCCGUGGUCGGGGACCUUGGCCUCACGUACAACACCACCUCGACGAUCGACCACAUGGCGAGCAACCAGCCCGACCUGGUUGUCCUAGUUGGCGACGUCAGCUACGCCAACCUGUACCUCACCAACGGCACCGGAACAGAUUGCUACUCCUGCUCCUUCGCCAAGUCGACGCCCAUCCAUGAGACCUACCAGCCGCGCUGGGACUACUGGGGAAGGUACAUGGAGCCCGUGACAUCGAGCAUUCCGAUGAUGGUGGUCGAGGGGAACCAUGAGAUCGAGCCACAGAUUCACAACAAGACGUUUUCAUCUUACAGCGCGAGGUUUGCGUUCCCGUCGGAGGAGAGCGGAUCCUUCUCUCCGUUUUACUACUCUUUUGACGUCGGCGGCAUCCAUUUCGUCAUGCUUGCGGCGUAUGUUGACUACAAGAAAUCAGGAGAGCAAUACAGAUGGUUGGAGAAAGACUUGGCAAAGGUGGACAGGUCAGUGACCCCAUGGCUGAUAGCCGGUUGGCACGCACCCUGGUACAGCACCUACAAGGCUCACUACAGGGAAGCCGAGUGCAUGAGGGUGGAGAUGGAGGAGCUCCUCUACUCCUACGGCGUCGAAGUCGUCUUCACCGGCCAUGUUCAUGCGUACGAGCGAUCAAACCGGGUGUUCAACUACACGCUGGACCCGUGCGGGCCCGUGCACAUCUCGGUCGGCGACGGCGGGAACCGCGAGAAGAUGGCGACGAGCCACGCCGACGAGCCGGGCCACUGCCCGGACCCGCUGUCGACGCCGGACCCCUUUAUGGGCGGUUUCUGCGCCUUCAACUUCACGUCGGGGCCGGCCGCCGGCAGGUUCUGCUGGGACCGGCAGCCGGAGUACAGCGCCUACAGGGAGAGCAGCUUCGGCCACGGCAUUCUCGAGGUGAAGAACGAGACGCAUGCACUGUGGAGAUGGCACCGGAACCAGGAUCUGUACGCCAGCGUUGGGGACGAGAUUUACAUUGUCCGUGAGCCGGAUAAAUGCCUGAUCAGGUCGAGCAUUUUGGCCUACUGAUUAGUUGGUUAGUUACCAAAUUAAGUUAGCAUUCAGAUAUCGGGAUUGUUACAAGAGGGAAGCUGACCUUACAGAUCAAAGGACAUUACAAAUCAUCACGUUGUACUUGUACUCCCCAACGGUAGUACUCCCACAGUAGUGUCUAUCUCCAGUGCCGACAUGAAGUUGAAUAAGUAAUAUUUUGUGCC